AUGGCGGCCCGCCCCAACAUACUUUUUAUCAUGGCCGAUGACCAUGCAUCUAAGGCAAUAGGAUGCUAUGGCGCGAACAUCAACAAAACUCCGAACAUGGAUCGGAUUGCAGAAGAAGGGAUGAGGUUUAACCACUGCUAUGUCACGAACUCUAUUUGCACGCCGAGCAGAGCUUCGAUUCUCACGGGGACCUAUAAUCAUGUUAAUGGUGUUGUCACCCUGGCAAGCAAAAUCAACAAGCACAUACCUAACGUGGCCAAGCACAUGCGUACUGGCGGAUAUCAGACCGCGAUGAUCGGGAAAUGGUACUUGGGAGAGGGAAGUGACCACGAGCCUACUGGGUUUGAUUUCUGGUCUGUUGUGUCAGGGCAGGGCUCGUAUCACGAUCCAGAGAUGAUUGAAAUGGGCCAGACACGAAAUGAGAAAGGCUAUGCUACCGAUAUCAUUACGGACAAGUCCCUAAACUGGCUGGAGAAGCGUGAUAAAACAAAGCCUUUCUUCCUGAUGUGCCAUCACAAAGCACCACAUCGGUCGUGGGAGUGCGAUCCAAAGCACAAGGACCUCUAUACGGAAGACGUCAAAGUCCCGGAGACUUUCGAUGAUGACUACAAAAACCGCGCCCAAGCAGCAGCCGAAGCCAAGAUCAGGCCAGAUGGGGGAUCAGAGGUUGGCGAGCUUGUCAACCAGACAUCUACCUUGAGAAAGAUCCCAAAUCCCCAGGAUGUGACAAAACUGCGGCUCAUUGAUAAAGAGCGUGGUGAGGUGUUCACGUUCAAGACAAAUGCUGAGCUACGGCAUUUCAAAUAUCAACGCUAUAUCAAGCGCUACCUUCGCACCAUUGCCUCGAUCGACGAUAACGUUGGGAGGAUGCUCAAGUAUCUCGAUGAUGAAGACCUGGCGCGUGACACCGUCGUUGUUUAUACCUCCGACCAAGGGUUCUUCCUCGGUGAUCACGGCUGGUUCGACAAACGAUUUAUGUACGAAGAGUCUUUCCAAAUGCCGUUCAUGGUUCGAUAUCCACGAGAGAUUGCCGCCGGCAGUAUAUGCGACGACAUCGUCUGCAAUGUCGACUUUGCAGCCACGUUCCUAGAUCUAGCAGAGUUGCAACAGCCGUCUUACAUGCAGGGCCACUCGUUCCGCAAGAUCUUGAACGGUGCCACGCCUACCAAUUGGCAGCAGGUGGCCUAUCACCGUUAUUGGAUGCAUCGAGAUGCAGAGCAUAAUGCGUAUGCGCAUUACGGCAUCCGAGAUCAGCAGUACAAGCUGAUCUACUGGUACAACGAAGGGUUUGAAUUACCGGGCACGUCGGCUGGAGGACAGCCAAGGGAGUGGGAGCUUUUUGAUUGUGAAAAGGAUCCUUUAGAACUGUUUAACGUCUUUAGUGAGCCUCAGUAUGCCGAGGUUGUUCGGAGGAUGAUUAUUCAAUUGGACGAUAAGAUGAGGGAGAUCGGAGAUGAACCUGAGCAUGUACCUGGUCAGUUUCCUUCGAUAAUAGGUGGGGGGAAAAUGUAG